AGAGGACGACUCUCGCUGGCCCUCGAAGCGCCGUUCACUUGACAGCAGAGGAGCUCGCUCAAUCCGUGGGACUCCACUGCGCGCACAGAGAGACAUCAUGAAAGGAAGCCGCCACGAUCCCGCUGGUGCCCCGGCGCCCCAGCGAUCCCUGCUGUUGGCCCUCCUCUGCAUUGUGCCGCCGCUGGCCGUGAAUGGCUUUCAGCUCGACGGGCCGCCGGACUCGCAGGGGCUGCUGGCCACGGAGGAGGAGGCCCUAGGACGUGCGCGAUCCUGGCUGAAGACACACCCGUGCCACCAGUACAAGGUCCCGGGGGGCCCCAGCGAGGCGCACCAGCGGACGCUCGCGCUGGCGCUGGUCGAUCCGGCUUUCUUCGACCGCUGCUCGGCGGAGGCCCUGCUGCACGUGCGCGAGUUGCAGCACCAGCUGCUCGUCCAGCUCCCCACGACGGCCGAGAAGGGACAGCUGGCGCUGCACGUUCUGGCGCUAUCCGCAUCCUGCCAGCCCAUCCGGGACCCGAGGGGCCGCAAUCUUGCCGUGCUACUGCGGAAGAAAUCGGCCGACCCUGUUCCGCGCAACCGCUUCUCAGAGGCCCUCCAGCUGCUGGCCGUCUGCUCGCUCGGAGACCGCGGCCGCAAGCUCACCGACAUGGCCAUGGCGAACGUCCAAGAGCUGGCAGCUGAAAGCCCAGCUACUGUCAUGGACUCCCUUGCAAUCAACGUGCUGGCCAUGGCCUGUUUGACCGAUAACCAACUUGGAGGUCGGUCGGCAGCUGUCCACGAUGCACUCAGACCUGUAGCCCAGCUGCAGCAACCAGACGGCAGCUUCGGGAACGUCCACACCACGGGCCUUGUGACGCAGGCGCUGGUUGCCGUCGACCCAGAGAGCCAACAUCUGCCCUGGCGCCGGCAGGAUGCACUGAACUUCCUCCGGCGCGCGCAGCACAGGGACGGUCACUUCGGCGGCCUUCUGGCCACCACCCAGGCGGCGCCACUGCUGGCCGGAAGGACGCUCGCCGACCUCGCCUCGCACGCCCGGCGCUUCUGCUCCACGGAGGACAAUGCCUCGGCAUCGGCGCUGUUGGAACCAAAAGAAAUCACUGUAUGGUACUCGCUGUGGGUCGGCGACAACGCCACAAACCGGUCGAGUACCACAGUGUGGGUACGCCAGAACGCCACGGUGUUCGACGUCAUGAAGGCUGCCGCAGGAAAAGACAGCCGAUUCAGAUUCGAAUAUGACACGGCCAGCAGCCUCGGCCCGUACGUGCUCUCCUUGGCUGGAGUACCACGCGAGGUGGAGACGGGCCACUUUUGGCUGGCACACAUUAUGAACUUCGACGCGGGGCUCGUCACGCCGUUGUCCGUCGGAUGGACCCGUACAGAUUUGGCUUCACCACAGAUCGCUAUGGUCGGGGCUUCGGAUACAGCUGCAAGGAUGUGUUCGAGUGUCAGGCGCUCAAAGAGAAGCAGGAACUUGCCGCCGAGAGCUACCGCGCCUUCUCUCCACAGAACUUCGCAGCGCCGCCACCCCUGGCCGCAUAUCGCGAGCCGACGAUGGCCGAGCGGCGACCGUCGGGACACCAGCGGGGCGGUGCUCCACCUGCACGCUUUGCGCCUGCACCGAGGCUGCCCCCAGUGUCGCCCUAUUGGUGAUCGGAGAUGGAGCCACACCUCCCGCUCUUUGUGGGUGAAGGGAAGGGAAUAAAGUCAAGGCAGGGAGGCUAACCAGCUGGCACUACACAGGGGAAGGCGUUAAUAGGCAAAACGAAGGCGACACAAGACCCAGAUGUGCACUCGCGCAAAUUAGGGCUCCCGAGGCACGAAGUCGCAAGGUGGUAGCACCGACCACUUGCUACGAAUAGCCUCCUCUGAUGGUUCCGUCAUGGGUUCGAAAUCAUGUGUUCCGCGAAAGUUAUGUCAUCUAACCUAAGUAGGGCCACACGGAAAGUCGUGGCAUGGCACGUAGAUGCCGAUGAAGUCUGUGCAGGCUCAAUUGGGAUUACUCAACCAAAGAGCCAAAACUCGAAACCACAUCCCGUUCUGACGCGGCUCCGAGUAAUUUGUAGCGCCACCGUACAAAUAACAGGGAUUCCAAUUCCAAAGUACGUACGAGCAAAACUGCAAGAGCCAAUUGAAGGAAGUCUAGGCCGGAAUACGAGGCCUCAGAAAUAAAUGUGCCCUCUCAAACUCGAACUUCUCGAAGCACUGCAGAAAGCAAGCGCGGAUAUCAUGAAAUCCCCGACAGCAAGUGAUUGCGCCAGUUGCUUUCGCUUGAGGUAGCCUGACUUGUGCACGUAAUUGGCAGUAAGGCCCAGCCGAGAAAGUGUCGCAAGACGAUCGCCACCCUAAGUUGACGAGGUCGUUGCAUUUGCCGCUCAUUUAGUCGCAGCGCCGUCCGAAAGUAGCUCCAUCGAGAGUAAAGUGCUGUUUUAAUUUCUCGUAUUGCAGAACGCCUCUUUGGUGAUCCUAUAACACUAACAGAGUGUCUGUGAGCUUACCGAGAAAAGCAGCGUCGUAAGACUCCGCUUUUCAAGCCCCGUCAUCCAGGCGAGGAGCACGUUCGCGCAUCAGUUCACCCGAGAUAUGAGCUAUCGCUUCGUUCCAGACCAGUCUGUACCGUGACGAAUCUGCGCAGGGCCUUGGGCUUGCAUGUGUAUGGGCUUAGGAAGGACAGCCUUAAAUAAACGCCACAGUCGCCACUUAAGUUUGAAAACUAUAUACGAAAGCCGAAUGUUACAUUCUCCGGCGAAAUAAGAAAAGUAUAGGAAAACGCAGUGUAUGCGUAUGUACGCUGGCGUUGUGCCUGCGCUUCCGCAGCUUUACAAUGCAGUCUCCAAUUUCAAUACUUCCGUAGCACAAUAAAUAAUUAGCAGAAGUUGCGUUGUUUUCUUAAUAAAG